AUUCGAUCGAUGUCGUCGACGCUGAAGCUCGGGGACGUCCGCCCGGACACGCGAUGCGCGGUGUGCUGGGGGACGCUGAAGAAAGUCAAAGUCGUGUCGCCGUGCCUGCACCGGUUCUGCGGCGCGUGCAUCGAGGAGCACAUCCGUAAACUCAACAACCACUGCCCGACGUGCCGCGUCCCCGUGGCGUCCCGGCGCGUCCUGCGCGAAGAC